CCUCUUCCUCUUCCUCUUCCUCUUCCUCUUCCUCUUCCUCUUCCUCUUCCUCUUCCUCUUCCUCUUUCAGCUAUAGCCGGAACCGGUCGUAGUCUGGCCCGCAGGUUCCGGACUCCAGAUUUAUUGCGCUCACCAGCCGACUUCGCUGGUCACUCACCUUCGAGGGCCGGCCCUGCCUUGGAGUUCUCAGGUGAUGAUGACUACUUUAUCCGGCGCCAGCCGUCCGCCGCACAUGUGCGAAGCCUCCUGGCUGUCAAGACUCGCCUGGGGCUGCACAUAAAUCAGCCCACGGAGGAGAGAAGUGAACGGGUCCAGGCAAGCCCGGCUCUCCCUUUCGUCUUUCUCUCUCCUGCCUGCAACAUGGACAUAAAUUACGAUGACAGUUGA